GGCAAAGCAAAGCAAAGCAAAGGAGAAGAGACGCAGUGGAGAGAAGACACAUCAAGUGUGAGCAGAGCACUCUGUUCAUCAUUCCAUAAGGUCGUUGUCUGCCCACUCCACCGCGCAUCUUCUCCUCUUCUUUCUCGCCUUUUCUACCCCUUCCACUUGCUUGUCUCUCCUCCAUUCCCGGCCGCACUGGGCACCCCACUCGUUGGUGUUGGUUGGCGAUUAAGGAAAGCGCAACGCGGAGUUCUUUCCUUUUUUUCUUCCGCGCUGGUCAUAUUCCUUCUGUUCACCCAAUCCGUCGGCGCUUCUUGCCCUAUCUUGCAGCGAUAUCUGAGAAAGGUGGGUUCUUGACGAGGCGGUAGGGGAGGCCGGAGGGGAAGAGUGAGUGGCUGGAGAAAGAUGGGAUUUUGACCGACGCGGCGCGGAUAAUAGGGUGGGAGAUGGCUUCUUACUCUUCUGGUGGCGGUGAGAGGGAUGACGACGCACGGGAGGGGAGAGGAGGGGAAGAGAUGAGGGAUGGCGUUCUCUUCGUUAAGGUAAUGACGGAUGAGCAGAUGGAGAUCCUCCGCCGGCAGAUCGCCGCCUACGCUACCAUUUGCGAGCAGCUCGUCGAGAUGCACAAGGCCAUCACCGCCCAUCGCGAUUCACUUGCCGGAAUGCAUCUGGGAGGCCUCUACGGUGAUCCUCUGAUGGCGUCCAGCGCCCAGAGAAUUGCUGCUAGGCAGCGUUGGACUCCGACGACUAUGCAGCUACAAAUUCUUGAGGCAAUGUUUAACGAAGGCAAUGGGACUCCAACCAAACAGAAGAUAAAACAAAUAACGAGCGAGCUAUCUCAACAUGGUCAGAUCUCCGAAUCCAAUGUUUACAAUUGGUUCCAGAAUAGAAGGGCGCGAUCGAAGAAGAAGCAGACGGUUUCUUUAACAUGUAACACUGAAUCUGAAGUUGAGGCAGAUGAAGAUUCCCCAGAUGAAAAGAAGCCUAGGCACAGCUACCACCAUGAAAGCAUGCCGCUCAGUAUCGAUAAUUCUCGUUAUGUUAGGCAACUAGAUGAUGAAGUCCAUUCAUUGGCACCUCAGCCAAAUCAAACACUAGGCGCAUACGGUUCAAAUGACGGUUUGAAGUCUUCGGGAACUUUGGAACACAUGGCCUAUGAAAAUAUCCUAUCAAUGCCUAGAUUAGAACAGUUGAUGGAUAAGUUCGACUCACCGACGAGGUUUAGUCCUUACAACUCUGGAGAAAACUACGAUAUCCUGGAUUGACAUUUCAUUGAGCUAAUGAUCACUUAAUAGUGAUUGAUAAUUACAUGAAGGAAAAUGCUUAAAGCUUUAAGAGCUGUUGUAAGACAUAUAUCUGUUUUCUGGAUUAAUUUGGGAUUAACCUCUUAAUUGAUACAGUUAGCUGGUUUUUUGCAUCAAA